AUGUUCAUAACAGUCAACACGGACAAGUUGAAGACUAUGCUUGGCAUGUCCAAGGAGCCUGGAAAGCAAUAUCGAGACACACAUGUGCUUCUUACGCUAGGCAAAAGUCUCGUUUGGGAAUACUUGAUAAAAGGAAACAUCCACUAUUUGGACGACGCGGUUGCGCUUUUUCAAGAGGCAAGGCGACUGCUGCCACCCAGGAGCCCCUUUAUCUACACCACCAUCACCCUCCUGUGUCACGUCGCAUGGAUCAGAUAUACGGAGAGUGGUCAAAUGAAGGGUAGGGAAGAGAUGGAUGCAUACAGACAAGAAGAGGAAGAGGAGGACAAGGAAGGACUGGCGGCUUUUCGGAUGGGCACGGAAUUGAAGGAUGGCGAUGAAGCAGAAGUGGAAGAAGCAAUCUCGCAGCUGCUUCUAUCUCUCGUAUACCGGCCGGUUGGUCACCUCGAGCGGUCUGCAUCUCUCGCCAACCUGGCACUUGCACUGUACACCCGCUUCCAACACAGUGGGGACUUACAGGACCUUGAAGAGUCUAUAUUGACCGACCGAGAGGCGCUCUCUCUGCGACCCAGCUAUCACCCCGACCGAUGCUCAACCCUUAACAAUCUCGCCAUCUCUCUAUUGAAUCGCUUUGAAUUCACAGGCCAGCUUGAUGAUCUAGAACAGUGUAUUUCUAUCCACAGAGAAGUCCUCUCCAUAAGGCCCCCAUCUCAUCCCAGCCGCUCCUUCACUCUCAACAACCUGGCAACCGCCCUCCGCACUUGUUUCACGGAGCAGGGCCAAGUCGAAGAUUUGAACGAGGCCAUUUCCCUCCUUCACGAAGUCGCUACCGCAGAGUCACACUCCCACCCCACUUACUACCCCGUUUUAAACAAUCUAGCAGGGUUUCUUCGCCUUCGCUUCGAAACCUCCGGUGGGCGGGACGACCUCGUGGAAUGUAUCUCACUACUUCAAAAUGCGCUGGGAGUACUCCCGGAUUCUCAUCCUCGACGUAUAUCGUUGGUGGUGAAUCUCGCUGCAUCUCUGUCAACCCACUUCGAACACAAGGGCGAAGUGGGUGAUUUGGACCGCUCUAUCGUGCUUUUACAGGAAAGCCUGAGUCCCAUGACCCAGCAAAUGCAUCCAGGCAACUGGAGAGCGCUCAACAACCUGGCAGCUGCCCUCUCAACCCGUUACAAACACAGCGGCCAGUUAGAAGAUUUGGAAGAAUCCAUUCGACUACAUAGGCACGCUCUUGACUUGAUACCAUCCCCUGCCUUACACCCGGAAUCCCUCAACAAUCUUGCUACCACGCUGUUCACUCAUUUUGAGCAUAAAGGCUCGCAAGAAAGCCUUCAGGAGGCAAUACUGCUCGAACGCGAGGCGCUCGACCUGCGCUCGCCCUCCGAUCCCCAGCGAUCCCUCUCAGUCAUCAACCUCGCUGCCCCCUUAUUCGCCCGGUUCGAGUUGGCGGGAUGUUUCCAAGACCUGGAAGACGCCAUCUCUCUCGAACGCGAAGCACUCGAACUAAGGGCAGAACCUCAUCCUGAUCGCUCCUCUUCCCUUCAACUUGGCAACGUCCCUCUUGGCUCGGGUCUCGCAGACUCGUUCCUAUCUUGUUUUGAGAGAAAGGGAGACUAUCGGGACUUGGAAGAAUGCAUUUCGUUCAACAGGAAAGCAUUGGAGCUAUCGAACGUGCCUCAUGAUGCUGCCAUUUCGUUGCACAGUAACCUCGCCCUUGCUCUUUCCAUUCGUUGUAAAGACAAAGGCUCGAUCAAGGACAUAGAGGAAGCUGUUCUGCUCCAGAGGCAGAUCCUUGAGCUACGGCCUGAAGCGCAUCCCCGUCACUCGUCGACCGUCUGUGAUCUCGCAAAAUCCCUUUGUGAUCGUUACGAGUACAAGGGCGAUUUAAACGACCUUCACGAAUGCAUUGCACUCCUCCGACAAUCGCUAGCCCUGAGACCCGAGCCCCAUCCAGACCGGCAUUCAUCCUUGACUCACCUUGCGUUGGCACUUCUUAAACGCUAUGACUGGUUGAAGGAGGACAUCGCGGACUUAGAAGAAAGUAUAUCCCUGUACCAACAAUCACUCUCGGUCUUACCACCUUCUCAUCCAAACCGAUUUGCGGCCCUUGGACAUUUCGCGGUUGCCAGAUGGAAAUGGUUCCUUAUCUCAGGGGACCAGGAGGAUCUCGACGCUGCCCUGAAGCUGUUCCGAGCACCCUCGGAGGAUAGUCUCGUUGCAGAGCACAAAGGCCUGGAAUGCCCUUCUCCCCAAGCACUCUGCCAACAGCGAGACGCCAUCAUCGAUGAGAUUCGUCAACUUCAGGGAUUCAAAGAUUUCUUGUCACCCCCUUCCACUGCUUUUCUCAAGAAGGCUGCGCACAACGGACCCGUCAUUUUCUUGAUCACCAGCAUGUAUGGGUGCGAUGCCUUGGUUCUGAACGAGGACGGUUGUUUAGAGCAUACACCUCUCCUCAUCCAAUACGAUGCCUUGAUCCACUUGAAAAAGGUUGUCCAGCAACUGGCCCAAGGUCAUUAUGCUAGCCUCGAUAUGAUCACAGAUGUUGCUUCAUCAAGGGGAGAAGGAACUCGCCUCAAGGCCCACCUGAAACCGCCCGGAACAGACUCAGAGAGCAUUCCUUCGGUUGACGAUGCUUUCCAAUCGGUUCUGGCAACUUUGUGGACGGAAAUUGUGAAACCCAUUAUUCAGACGCUCGCAUUGGCCAAAACCGAUUCUCCCAAAAGGAUUUGGUGGUGCCCCACUGGCCCGUUUGUUUUCCUUCCAGUUCAUGCUGCGGGGAUAUAUGCCGGCGAGGACGGAGGGAGCGACUGCUUAUCUGACUAUGCAAUCUCUUCAUACUGCUCGAGCCCGCAGGAACUCAUUUCUUCUUGCAGUGAACCAUCGGAAGACUUCAAGCUGCUUGUCGUGAUCGAACCCGAGUCCACAGAACCUGGUGCAAGGCCCCUCCCCUGGACGAAGGAGGAGCUGGAACGGAUUCGCUCUCAAGUUCCCAAUGCUGAGAGCCUCAUCCCUCGUGUUGGGUCGAAGGCGUCUCCGGUCCCUACCAGUGACCUAUUCGAAGACAUCAAGAAAUCGACCAUCGUUAGGGAAUGA